GCAACUCCACUCUUCAACCAGACUUCCAACAGACCACGACAACGGGCAAGCUCGGCGAUGGGCCCAGUCGACGGGAGAGGCAGCAGGCAGCAUGAGCUGAAUGUGCAAGUGCUGCUUGUUCGAGCAGAUGUUUCAUACGACAAACAAACAGUCCUCGUGAGUCGAGAUAUCCAGGAAGACCUCGUCGCGAACGGACAACAUUAUCUCGCAUUGGCAACACAAACCAAGGCUUCAUGGACACUCUUCAAAACAGCCCCGGCAAGCACCAACGAGCGCGAAUGGAAUACCCUCUGGUUACCACCAGACCUCUAUACGCGUUACUGCAGUCGCACAGUCUUUGCAAGACCUUGCUCACCCAUUCAACUACAAUCUGUUAUCAUCGUCUUUCCCGAAUCGACAUAUACCCUUGUUUCGCAGAGCAAGCAGGCGUUUCGGGCAUUACUCGAGCAAGGAACGGUUCUGUGCACGGGUGAGUCUGUUGAGGUACACGGGUAUCGCGGUGUCAUUCGCAUGUGUGAGCCUGUUCGACAAGGUGUUCUGAGUGCAACCACGGAUAUCGUCGUGGCGCGUGAACCACCGUCUGCAGACAGUUGGAAUCCGCAUGCACACGAGGACGCAGCAGAGGUGGAUGCGAGUGAUAGCGAUGACGAUGAAGUGAAUGAAGCGGCUUUUGCUAGUCUCUUGCACUCGGGCUUCCUCUCAAAGCAGACAACACACCUCACUUAUGCGCUUCCUGGUACCGACACACAACUAUCGCCAACCCUCGAUCUGCCUGCUGUACCCCUUCAUCGCAAUCUCUCACUAGAUCGCAGUGCGCCACAAGCGCGUGGAGAUCCAGAGUACUGCGCAUAUGCACCCCUUGCGCUACUCCUAAAACUUGGCAGCUUUUCCGGUGAAUCGGUGGUCCUUGCUACCGCUGAGACAUCACGGACACUACAACUCCUGGCGUUACCGGUUGACUACGGGAUAACGGAAGUUGAAGCCGUCUACCUACCACCCGUACUGCUCUACAAUCUCUGUGGCCAACAACGACGUCUCAAGGUAACGAAAGCUACAAACCAAAAAGAACGACCCGUUGCCACGUCUGUGACACUGGCACGCGUACCGAGUCCCGCCUCAACGGAUCGAAUCUUGCAAAGUGCCUUUCUAUCAGCCCUCAAGUACCAUUUCGAGCAACAUCGACGGACUGUGCGACAGGGUGAUUUAUUGCUAUUGGGCGUGAAUGAAGCUGUUGCACGUAUGGUAGGGGAUACGGGGCCGGAAGAGGAUGUUUUGACUGAAUACGCACAUGCGUCUGCCAUGCAGUGCGAUACAUUCGCUUGGUUCAAAGUCCUUGAAGUCACGGUGGAUGCAGAUGCUGCAGAAGACGAGAGCGAGGCAUAUACCGACGAUGCUGUUGUCGAUGCCGGGAGUACGAAAAUGGUACAAUCUGGCGUUUGCAAAGCACGUAUACCGGCGUUGUCGGAUUGGGCGACCUAUUGCCGUGUGCCUGGCAUUGCAAGCACAUCUACCACGGCGGUCGAGUCAGUCUCUGCGCAGCGUCUCUAUGAAUUGGUUGCAUCGACGUUCAGUAAAACGGCGAGAAAGUCACAUGCAUCGGCAACUGUCUUGAUUCACGGUGCUCGAGGGUGUGGCAAGACGACGCUUGCUUCCAAUAUCGGCGCACGCCUCGGGAUGCAUCUAUUGGAGGUGAAUUGUUAUCACCUUGUUGGCGAGACAGAUGUCAAGACUGAGGCGUAUUUGCGCUUUCGAUUUGAAAAAGCAGGUGCAUGCAGUCCAUGCAUUCUACUCCUUCGCAAUAUUGACGCAUUGGCGAAAAAGAAGGAUGACAUGGAAUCCGGUCAAGAAUCUGCUAUGCGAUUUGUCUUGGCAGAUUGCUUGAAACGUGUCGCUGUUGAUGCAGGAGAAUUCCCCGUUGCUGUUGUGGCAACGACUUCGGAAAAGGAUAAAGUACCAGACGGCAUUCUUGGUUGUUUCCGGCAUGAAGUGGAGAUGAAUGCCCCUGAUGAGGCCGAACGAUUCAAAAUUCUAUCGACACUGACACAGCAAGUACCACUUGCACCAGACGUCAGCGUACAAAGCCUUGCCGUCCGGUCAGCAGCACUCGUUGCGGCAGACUUGGUGAAUGUCUUGAAGCGUGCUCGUAAUUUCGCUCAGGAUCGGAUGGAAGCGCUCGCUGCUGAGCUCGCGACACCCUCUGCCCAGCGAGACUUGUAUCUCGCUGGUGAGUGGUUGACGGCAGAUGAUUUCGACAAAGCUAUUGGUGAAGCGCGGCGAAACUACUCAGAUGCUAUUGGCGCACCCAAAAUCCCCAAUGUCACCUGGAACGAUGUGGGUGGACUUGCGAGUGUCAAGGACGAUAUCCUGGAUACAAUUCAACUGCCGCUUGAAAGACCAGAGCUUUUUGCUAGUGGCAUGAAGAAGCGAUCCGGUAUUCUCUUCUACGGUCCACCAGGCACAGGCAAGACCUUGCUUGCCAAAGCCGUGGCGACGUCUUUCUCACUCAACUUUUUCAGUGUCAAGGGACCUGAAUUGCUCAAUAUGUAUAUUGGUGAAUCGGAAGCCAAUGUUCGACGUGUCUUUCAGCGUGCACGCGAUGCCAGGCCCUGUGUCGUCUUCUUUGAUGAACUGGACUCUGUGGCGCCCAAGCGUGGCAAUCAAGGUGAUUCUGGCGGCGUCAUGGACAGGAUUGUCAGUCAACUCUUGUCAGAACUCGAUGGCAUGGGCGGCAGCGAAGGGGGUGGUGUCUUUGUUAUCGGUGCGACCAAUCGACCUGAUCUGCUUGAUCCUGCAUUGUUGCGACCUGGUCGCUUUGAUAAGAUGCUGUACUUGGGUGUACCUGAUUCAGACUCUGCACAGCUCAACAUCCUGCAAGCACUCACUCGCAAGUUCAAGCUGGACCCUGCCCUGGACCUUGAAGAAAUCGCCAAGGCGUGUCCCUUCACGUAUACCGGUGCAGACUUUUACGCAUUGUGUUCAGAUGCGAUGCUCAAGGCUAUGACGCGACAAGCAAGUGCUGUGGAUGCAAAAGUCAAAGCACAGCCGGAACCCAUUUCAAUGCAGUACUUUUUCGAUCACCUUGCAACGAAAGCCGAUGUGGAGGUUGUUGUGAGUAAGGUGGAUUUCGAAGAGGCACUUAAGGAGCUAGUGCCGUCUGUGAGUCAGAGCGAGUUGGAUCACUAUAAGAAGGUGCAGGCGCAAUUUUCAACACCAGCAAAGGAGGAAGCCAAGCCUGCUGCUGCUACACCUACUGUUGCUGUAGAUAGAAAGGGCAAGGGCAAGGAAGUUGCCAAUGGGCAUAUGACUAAUGGCCAGAGAGCACACUUUGGAGGGGAUGGUGCGGAGGAGGAUGAGGACAUGUAUGCUUAGGUCCUUGGUAGUCAAGUUGUACAUGUAGUCAUGCCAUCUGAAUUCCAGGGUUAGUGUUCAG